GUCCCGGGAUUCAACGCGGGCGACGACUACAACACGUUCUUUCCACAAAGUAAUUUUUUUUACAAUUUCAAUCCAAAUUUCUUGAAAAAACCGCAAUUUUUUCAACAAUUCUGGUGGUCGUAGCAAGUUUCAAAGGCUAACAGCCUUCGGAGGGCUUGAAAUGCCUCAGAAGCCGUACGGUUCCGGGGCGAAUGCCGUCCCUAUGGGCAAACUUCACCCAGUAUUGGCGGCGAAACAACGUGCAGGACAGACUCAAGGAGAUGAUGGUCAAAGGGCCCCCUUACCUACGAUGAAUUAUGGCCCUGCAGCGCCGUAUCAGCCUCUCCCACCUUCCUCAAUGCCUAUGGCUUCCCAGCCAAGGCCUCCUCUACCCAUUCAACCAUUCCCCGAGGUAAAUAAUGGCGCUUCAAAGAGAAGUGGAGACACAAACACAGGUUCGACAGAAAAGAGAAAGAGAAAGCGUAGCAGAUGGCAGAGCGAGGAAAAGAAGAUGAUUAUUCCUGGAAUGCCAAUGUGUUUGCCGACAGGAAUGACCGAGGAGCAGCGCACAACAUAUAUCACUCACCUAAGAAUAGAAGAAAUAAGUAGAAGAUUAAGAACUGGAGAUCUGGGAAUCCCAGACAACCCGGAAGAUAGAUCUCCGUCGCCAGAACCUAUCUAUAAUUCCGACGGCAAGCGCCUCAACACCCGGGAAUUCCGGGUUCGCAAGAAGCUGGAAGAAGAACGUCAUGUUUUGGUCCAGGACGCCAUGAAAGCUAACCCUGACUAUAAACCACCGGGCGAUUAUAAACCUCCGGCUACUCGCAUCCAAGAUAAAGUAUUUAUUCCGCAAGACGAUCAUCCCCAUGUAAAUUUUAUUGGCUUAUUAAUUGGUCCCAGGGGCAAUACCCUGAAGAAGACAGAAAAGGAAACAAAUUGUAAAAUAAUGAUUCGUGGUAAAGGAUCCGUUAAAGACGGAAAGGGUCGUAAAGACGGUCAACCUCUUCCCGGGGAAGAUGAAAUACUUCAUGCUCUAGUGACUGGACAAAGUCACGAAUCUGUAAAGAAAUGUGUUGAUCUGAUUAAAACAAUAAUUAAACAAGGUGUAGACGCUCCGGAAGGCGAGAAUAGUUUAAAGAAACUUCAAUUACGUGAACUGGCAGCUCUGAAUGGCACAUUACGUGAUGAAGAGAUAAUAAGGUGUAGGAAUUGUGGCUCGUCAGAGCAUAAACACUGGGAAUGUCCUGAGCAGCCUAACUUUACUGCUACGUUGACCUGUACAAAGUGUGGAUCUAGUGGUCAUAUUGCUAUGGAUUGUACUGUCACAGAGAAAGAGAUUACUAACAUUUUAUCUGCACCACAACCACAGGAUAAUGCGAAGAUGGAUAGCGAGUACAUGUCGUUAAUGGCAGAACUUGGUGAAGGGCCUGAAGGUGGGGCACCGCCUGGCCCACAGGGGCCGAGGCAGCCUUUACCUUCCCCACAGAGUGCUGGUCCACCCCGACCUAUGAGAAUGCAAGGGCCAGGGCCCAUGAUGGGGAAUAACCCACCUCCCUUGAAUAGGCCACCCCACGGUGGAAAACCACCUCGAAUGGGAAGACAUGGUGGUGGCCAUCAAGGGGGAGGUAUGCCACCGUGGAAUUCUGGAAGAAACAGUGCCCCAAAGCCACUAAUGAGUUCCCCCAUACCUCCACCACCCAACUUGUCGAAUAGGGGUCCACCCCAAGGUAACCAUCAGCAACACUGGAAUAAACCUUCGCCUGGUAACUCUGGACCCCACCCUCCAUUUGGCAUGCAAGGUCCUCAUGAACCAUACCAAAUGUCAGGUCACCCCCCACCUCCUGGCCAUGGUCCCUCUCAAAGUCAUGGACCUCCACCACCCCCUGGCCAUGGUCCCUCUCAAAGUCAUGGACCUCCACCACCCCCUGGCCUCGGUCCUUCCCAAGGUCAUGGACCACCCCCACCUCCUGGCCAUGUUCCACCACCACCUGGUCAACAAAACUCAGGACAACCUCCCCCACCACCCCCAGGUCAAAGUGCGGCCCCACCACCGCCAUGGCAAGCUCAGUCAAAUCCCUGGCAAACAGCUGCUGCAUUCGCUUACAACCCAGCUCCACCAGGUUACCCUGCUUAUGCAGCUCAACCUCCACCUCCUCCCCCACCGCCUGCAACAACAACGGAGUCUCAAGCAGCCCCGCCUCCUUGGGCCCAGGCCCUCAUGGCUGCCUCGCAACCUCCGCCACCACCUCCACCAAACUAAACACACAUCUCAGCUCAAGGACUGAUCUCAUAUGAUUUUAUUUUGCUAUCUAGAAGAUGGACAUUCUACAUUCAUUGCAUGGCUUUUGUACUGUAGACAUUAAUCGAGUACUUUAAUGUACUUACUGUAUAGGCUUAAUUGCACACAGUACACCACAAAAUGUUGAA